UUAGGGUCAGAGAGGGGUUAAAGCAAAGCUGUAGGAACUAACUAGGAAUAAGAAAGAAACAGCUUGCGGUGUGCGCUGGUGUGUCAUGUCAGCGCCCUAAUAUUUCAUCCUCAAAGCCCCUCAAACCAAACUAACUCCUAUUCAUUCGCAUGCACCCAAACCCAACCCCCGCACGUUGGCCCCUUCCAUGACCGUUUCAUCCCCGGCCAUGGAGGGGCACGCCCAACUCACCGCCGCCGCACCCCCACCGCCCUCUCAUACCGGCCGCCGCUCCCACGACACCUACAUCGUCCAAUUCCCCAAGGACCAGGUGUACCGCGUGCCGCCGCGCGAGAACGCCGUCAUCGUGGAAAAGCACCGCAACCCCAGCGCCGCCAACAAAAAGCGCGGUAGUUGCUGCUUCUGCAGCCGCCGCCUCCUGAUCACCGUCGCUCUCAUCGUCGUGGCCGUUGUGGCCAUCGUCGGCAUGACGUUGGCCACGUUGUACUUCAUCUUAAACCCCAGGGGCCCCACGUUUAAAGUCUCCCACGUGGCGCUCAAGGAAAAUAAUGCGAGCACGCGGCUAAGGUACGAGGUUUUACUGACGGCCAAGAACCAUAAUGAGUGGUUGGCGGUUGAUUAUGAGUAUGGGGAUGUUUCGUUGUUCUUCGGGGGGGAUCAGGUUGCUACGGGGAAGUUUCCGGUGUUGGGCCAGCACAGGGAGGAGUCCAGUCAGGUUAAGGUUCAGCUAUUUGGAUCCAUUUGGGCGUGGCCCAACCAUGCCAGGGCUGUCGAUUUGGAAUUGGAGAUGCAACUUGGGCUCAGGGUCGUGGCUGCGGGACUCGAAACUUGGGUUAUGAGGUCCAAUGUGGAGUGUUGGUUUAAGAUCAGCGCUCCCCGGAAUGAGACGCGACUCUUGUCUCAAUAUUGCCAUACCAAAUUCAACCUUUAUUAAUCAAUAUUAGGAUGGGAUGGGAUAUGGAUUUUACGCUUCUAUAGUACCAUUGAUUGCAUGAUUAAAGAAAACAUGUCAAUCACUUCGAUUAAACCAUUUCAUCGCUCUUCUCCUGUCUUUUUUUCUCAGCUUUGCUGGGUCUUUUAAUUAUUGCAUACCUAAUUUCCUCCUGCU